UCCUGGUUGCCUCACACCCGCAUGCCCUCUCUUCACUUGCUCUCUCUCUCUCUCUCUCUCUCUCUCUCUCUCUCUCCCCACUAUAUAUACACUCCACUCCCUCCACAUCACUAUAGUCACAGUCCCCAUCCUUUAUCGCAGCACCACCACCCAAAGUCUCCCGACCCUUCUUCCUCACAUCUUUACCAGCAUCAUCAAUGGCCGCUUCCGGUUUCGAGGGCUUCGAGAAACGACUGGAGCUCCACUUCUCCGGCGACGAGCCGGCGGCGGUCCGUAUGGGCCUGCGGCGGAUCGACUUUGAGUCGCUGGAGCGGGUCCUGCAUGAGGUCCAGUGCACCGUCGUGUCGGCCGUCGGGAAUGCCCACUUGGACGCCUACGUGCUGUCGGAGUCGAGCCUCUUCGUGUACCCGACCAAGAUCGUGAUCAAGACCUGCGGGACCACGCAGCUGCUCAAAUCGGUCCGCCCCCUGGUGGCCCAUGCCCGUGACCUGGGCCUCACGCUGUGCCUGUGUAGGUACACCAGGGGCAGCUUCAUUUUCCCUCUCGCCCAGCCUUUUCCCCACACUAGCUUUCCGGAAGAGGUGGCCUACCUGGAAGGUUGCUUGCCCACUAACGUUUGCUCUAGGAAGGCGUCCAUCAUGCGCUCCCACAUGGCGGCCUCCCAUUCCUGGCACGUGUUCACCGCAUGUGAUCCGGAUCUCGUCACGGACAAGGGGCCGGCGCCGGAGGAUUUCUACACCGUCGAGAUGUGCAUGACCGAGCUCGACCGAGGGCGUGCGCAGAAGUUCUUCAUGCGGCCGGGUGACGGGAAGACGGGCGACUCGGCUGGUAAAGAAAUGACCGCCCUCACCGGCAUAGGGGAGAUCAAUCCCGGGGCGCUCAUCUGCGAUUUCGCUUUCGACCCAUGUGGGUACUCGAUGAACGGGAUCGACGGCGACCGGUACUCGACGAUACACGUGACACCGGAAGAGGGAUUCAGCUACGCGAGUUACGAGUGCGUGGGAUCCGUAUACGACGACGGCGACGACAUUGCGAGGAUGCUGAGAAAGGUGGCGUGGGUGUUCCGGCCGGGGGCCAUGUCAGUGUCGGUGACGAGCGGGAGCAGCCAGGUGUGGACAAGAGUCGCAAAUGCGCUCGAGCCACUAGGGUUGAAGCGUCGGAGCUGCGCGACGGAUCAGUUCCCGGAAGCCGGAACGGUCGUCUUCCAGUCGUUCACAGCCAGACGCGUGUGACGAUAGCGACAGAACGGUCGGUAUAAAUGGAUAAAAAAAAAGGUUGUGUAGGACAUGAUAUUAGGAAUUUAGAAGAAAGACAAGAAAGAAUUGCUAGGUGGGGAAGGGGGGGAUGGGUUGAGCAAACAUAUAUGUGGAGUUGACUUGCGUUAGAUACAAGAACAUGAGACAUAGGGAGCCAGAAAGAGAAGGAUGAUGUGCAAAAGUUGUGAGAGGGGGUGGGCUCGUCAUGAUUAUGCACCUCCCCCAAUUAUGCUAAAGUUUUGGUUUGUCACGCCUGAGUGUUUUGAGGUUUAGUGAUAAGUGGGGAAUGGCAUUGAUGUUGGGCUUUGCAUCAACCUUUUUCUUGCUCUUUAUGAGAUCAACCGGUUUUUCUUUCU